AAGCGGCUCUUCAUCGUCUGGCAGCCGGAGCAGCCAAAAGGGCUGCAGCUUAAGGACAGCGGGGCUCUCUGAUGAUCCCCCCGUUCAUCCGAUGAACCACCUCAACUCCAUGAAACCUUCCCUGCCUCCCAAUCCACAAAGCAGCGACGGGCCCUUCCUGAGUGACCCAGUCUCCUGGCAACCAGGCACCAAUCAGCACCCAGGAUCUCUCUCCGUAGUAACCACAGUGUGGGGCGUGACCAAUCCCACACACAGUCAGGUGUUUGGGGCACCCAUGGGUCCUGGUGAGGGCUCUGGCGGUCACAUGAUGCCUGGCGGCAGCCCCGGUAUGGGUCCUGGCAUGGGCUCCCAGUACAUGGGCCAGCAGUCGUACGGGGACGCCGUCUCUAAGGGUUACGGCCAGCCCGUCAUGUACGGACGUCCCAGUGCUGCUUACAACCAGCCCUCGGGCUACGGGGGAAGUUACUCUGGUAACAGCGGAGGUGCCGGUCUGGGCGUUCGUCCUCCCUCAGACUUCACUCAGGCUGCAGCCGCCGCCGUUGCCGCCGCCGCUGCCACAGCAACCGCCACUGCUACGGCAACCGUUGCAGCAAUACAGGAGAAGCAGAACCAGGACAUGAACUAUGGCCAGAUGGGUGGAGCAUCCUCUUACAGCACCCAGUUCCUGUCCCACGCGGGCCACCGCGGCCCCCCGGGGAUGGUCUCUUCCAGGCCGGGACCCCCACCUCCCGGCGGAGGCCUGUAUCCUUCUCACCCUGCCCAGGCUCAGAAGAUGCCCCAGCACGGAGGCUAUCCCGGGCAGCAGCAGGGGCUCAAGCGGCCGUUCCAUUCAGAGGGUUUCCCGGUGCAGCAGUACGGCUCCGGCGGGAUGUCGGGGUACCCUACCCAGCCUCUGCAGUACCCCACGGGUCCACAGCAGCGAUGCCCCCCCUCACCCUCUUACCCCUCCAGUCGGAUGCCUCUCAUGGGGCAGUACACUUCUGCAUCGCACAACCCGGGGCAGUUCCCCCCUGGAGCCGGCCAGCCCAAUCCUCCCCAGUAUUACAAGUCAGAGCCGUUCAACGGUCAGGGCGGUCUGCCCCCCGGAGGAGCCGGAGGGUACAACGCCUUCACACAGGCUGCAGUCAACGGGCCAGGUCGGGGUGGAGUGAUGCCCGGGUACCCCAGCUCACCGAUGGGGGGGAAUCCCACGCCCCCGAUGACACCCGGGACGUCCAUACCUCCCUACCUGUCCCCGGGCCAGGACACGAAACCCCCGUACCUCCCUCCGGACACCAAACCCAACAUCAACACCCAGCAGGUCUCUACAGGUGACCCGAGUGACGACCUGCGCCUGACGUUCCCGGUGCGAGACGGCGUGGUGCUGGAGCCGUUCAGACUGGAGCACAACCUGGCCGUCAGCAACCACGCCUUCCAGCUGAGAGACUCCGUCUACAAAACCCUCAUGUUGAGACCGGAUCUGGAGUUGCAGUUCAAGUGUUACCACCACGAGGACAGACAAAUGAACACUAACUGGCCUGCCUCUGUUCAAGUGAGUGUCAAUGCAACUCCCUUGUGCAUUGAAAGAGGAGACAACAAGACCUCCCACAAGCCCUUGUACCUAAAGCCAGUGUGUCAACCGGGACGUAACACUGUACAGAUCACAGUAACCGCCUGCUGUUGUUCCCACCUGUUCGUGUUGCAGCUGGUCCACCGGCCGUCGGUCCGGUCGGUCCUGCAGGGUUUGAUGAAGAAGAGACUCCUGCCGGCCGAGCACUGCAUCACUAAGAUAAAGAGAAAUUUCAGUAACGGCACCAUCCCCGGGACCCCCGGCCUGAACGGAGAGGACGGCGUGGAGCAGACGGCGAUCAAAGUUUCCCUCAAAUGUCCGAUCACGUUCAGACGAAUCCAGCUGCCGGCCAGAGGCCACGACUGCAGACACAUACAGUGUUUCGACCUGGAGUCCUAUCUGCAGCUCAACUGUGAGAGAGGGACCUGGAGAUGUCCUGUGUGCAAUAAAACCGCUUUGCUAGAGGGGCUGGAGGUGGACCAGUACAUGCUGGGGAUUCUCGUCUACAUCCACAAUUCUGACUAUGAGGAGAUCACCAUCGACCCGGUUUGCGGUUGGAGGCCGGUGCCCGUCAAACCCGACCUGCACAUAAAGGAGGAGCCGGACGGUCCGGUCCUGAAGCGCUGCCGAACCGUCAGCCCGAGUCACAUGGUCCUGCCUAACGUGAUGGAGAUGAUCGCCGCUCUGGGCCCGGCGUCGUCCCCCUACCACAGUCUGACUGCAGGCGGCCGCAACACGCCCGACUACAACAGGCCAGGGAGCCAGGGAUUCUCCAGCCAGGCGGGAUUCACGGACUUCCCCAACACUCCUGGCACCCCGACGCUCGGAGAGUACGCCUCCUCUGGACCUCCGCUCCCCUAUCAGUCCGAGCAGACGUCUCAUUCCGGGCGGAUGGAGCACGCCCACAGCAUCCUCCAGCAGCACAGUUCAGGGGUCCACGGUAACCCGAGUCUCGGCGACGCCGGCAGCCCGCUGCCGCAGCGGAACAUCACUUCCCAGAAUUCCCGGCUGCAGAGCGAAGGCUCCUUCGGUCUGGGAGGCCCCGGGGCACCCGGGGGAGAAGGGCCCGAUCACGCACUGGAUCUUCUUCCUGAGCUGACCAACCCGGACGAGCUGCUGUCCUACCUCGGCCCCCCCGACCUGCCCAACAACAGCAGCGACGACCUGCUGUCCCUGUUCGGGAAACUGAACGCCGCCAUGUCCCCCCCCCCCCCCCCCCGCCCGCCAUCGUCAGCCUCCGACUGCUGUAGCCCCCUCACGGUCCAACACAGCACAGUGGUGGUGUGUGUGUGUGUGGGUGUGUGUUUGUCUGUCAUGGGAAAGUGUCGUGCAUGUGUGUCAAUGGGCGAGUGUGUGGUGUAAGUGUAUGUCAGUGGGAGAGUGUGUGUCUCUGUCUGUCGCUGGGAAAGUGUGUGUGC